AUGAGCUCGAUAAAGACAAAAAUCUCUAGAGUCGGCAUAGGGAGUCUAAACGCAUUUCGAAGGGCCCGGAACCGAAACCAACUUGACGAAUGUCUACACUCUUUGCCUCGGGAUCUAGAUGGAACUUAUGAGCGAAUACUCUGCAAUAUCGACGAAAUCUAUAUUGAGGAUGUGCGACGUAUAUUGACGGUGCUCUGUCUCUCUAUCCGACCACUGACAAUCGAUGAACUGAUCCACGCUUAUACGGUUGAGCUUGGUGAAUCACCGUAUCUUGAUAGCGAAGGCCGAUCUUACGAAGAUUGCGGUAGCCGAGAAUCGAAGAGGGCAGACUAUAUCGACCGCUCGUAUUGCGCAUUUCUCUGUCCAAGAGUAUCUUCAAUCAGACCGCAUACGAUAGCAGAAGGCAGAAAGAUUCGCGAUUUAGAAGGAGCCGCUCUGAGGGUUCCCUCUUGCUCACUUCGCUGCCAUACAUCGGUACCACUACUACGAAAGGAUGUGGCGCAUUCCUUCUUGACCUGGGUUAAGUUGCAUGACAUCGACCGCCGAUGGAAUACAGGAAUAUGGUUUGAACGUGGAGUGGAUGAUAUACCUUCUCCUAUAUAUUACGCAGCCUUGUUGGGGUUAGAAUCCACCCUGAAAAGCAUCUUAGCGGUUUGUGAGAGGGAUAUGAAUCCAUUAGAUACAGUCAAUCGCCAAUGUGGGGUGUAUAGCAAUGCACUUCAAGCCGCAUCAGUCAGAGGCCAUAAAGAGGUGGUCCAGGUGCUUUUGGAUCGAGGUGCCGAUGUCAAUGCGCAAGGUGGAUUCUAUGGCAAUGUGCUCCAAGCCGCAUCAUAUCAAGGCCAUAGAGAGGUGGGAGGGGAGCACUGCAGUGCACUUCAAGCCGCAUCAGCUACUGGCCGAAACGAAGUAGUGCAGAUGCUGCUAGGUCGAGGUGCCCGCCUUGACGCUGAGUGA